CGGCGCGGUGUCCCUGGCACGGGGGCCAGAGGCAACAUUCCGAGCCUGGCGGGGCAGCCUUCUCUGCAGCCGUGUUGUGAUUUUGAUCCUGGAGAGUGUGGGCUGCUGCUGGCAGCUACAGGAUGAAGUCGCCUCCCUGCUGCAUGUCUCUUUCUUCCCAAGCAUCCUUGGAGGAACCGGGGAGUAGCACAUCCCUGGGUUCGCUGGAGUCCAGUGUUUUCUCUAGUGAGGAAGAGCAGGGGCCCCUGCUCCAGAAGGUCAUUCCCUCUCUGGACUGCUUUACUAUCAAUGUAGGAGGCAGCCGCUUUGUGAUGUCCCAGCAAACUUUGUCUUGCUACCCUGACACUCGUCUUGGCAAACUGGCAGUAGUGGUCUCUGCUGCCCGGGACGUGGCUUCUGGCCUCCUUGAGCUUUGUGAUGAUGCCAACCUUGUGGAGAAUGAGUAUUUCUUUGACCGGAGCUCACAGGCGUUUCACUACAUCCUGAAUUACUACCAGACAGGGAGGCUGCAUGUGAUGGAGCAGCUGUGUGCACUCUCUUUCCUGCAAGAGAUCCAGUACUGGGGUUUGGAUGAGCUCAGCAUUGAUUCCUGCUGCAGAGACCGGUACUUCAGGAGGAAGGAGCUGAGUGAAGCCUUAGACAUCAAGAAAGAUGCAGAAGAACUGGAUGCCCAAGAUGAAGAAGAGGACUUUUCUGGUAGCCUCUGUCCCAAUGUCAGACAGAAACUUUGGGAACUUUUGGAAAAGCCUGGCUCCUCUGCAGCAGCCAGGACGUUUGGCACCUUGUCCAUGGUUUUUGUUGUUGUGUCAAUUGCCAACAUGGCCUUGAUUUCAGUAGAGCUCAGCUGGCUGGCCCCAGCCCUGCUGGAUGCCCUAGAGUACGUGUGCAUUGCGUGGUUCACAGCGGAGUUUGGCCUGAGGCUCCUGUGUGCCCGAGAUCGGUGCCGCUUCCUGAGGAGCGUGGCAAACAUCAUAGACCUCCUUGCUAUUCUGCCUUUCUACAUCACCCUGCUGGUAGAGAGCCUGUGUGGUGGUGAGAGCUCCCAGGAACUGGAGAACGUGGGGCGCAUUGUCCAAGUGCUGAGACUUCUCAGAGCCCUAAGGAUGCUGAAGCUGGGAAGACAUUCAACAGGCUUGCGGUCCCUUGGGAUGACUAUUGCUCAGUGCUAUGAGGAGGUUGGCCUUCUGCUUCUUUUCCUCUCUGUAGGAAUCUCUAUAUUUUCCACUGUGGAGUACUUUGUUGAACAAGGUGUUCCAGGCACAACUUUCACAAGUGUACCUGGUGCUUGGUGGUGGGCAACAACUUCCAUGACAACAGUUGGUUAUGGUGACAUUAGACCAGACACUACCAUUGGUAAGGUAGUAGCCUUUUUGUGUAUACUAUCAGGAAUACUGGUUUUGGCUUUGCCAAUAGCUAUAAUAAAUGACCGUUUUUCUGCCUGUUAUUUUACUCUGAAGAUAAAAGAAGCUGCUCUUCGGCAGCGUGAAGCUUUAAAGAAACUCAUGAAGAACUCAUCCAGCGAUUCAAAUAUCAACGUGAAUUUGCGAGACAUAUACGCACGCAGUGUCAUGGACAUGUUGCGGUUAAAAAGCAGAGAGAGAGCAAGUACAAGGAGCAGUGGUGCAGAUGAAUUUUGGUUUUGACUUUGGGUGUGAUGAUUUUUGGUUUUGGCUUUCAAGUUAUUUAACCUUGUGUAGCACAUAGACUACUUCAGAAAUUUAGUAUUAAAUAUCUCUUUUUUUAUUAUUUGCCACACAGUGUAUUUGCUGUUCCAGGUGGAGUUUUACUUACUUGGACAGACUGAAAUAUCUAUUGUACACAAAAGGCAGAAUUCAUAACAUGGAAUCUUUCAAGGAACUCUAAAACCUGCUUUCAGGACUGGAUCAUGGUAGGUGAGACAGGAAAUAACGGAUCCAUAAAAGUAAAACAAUGAUGCAAGCAUUUGUCUAAUGUAAAUCCCUACUAAUGUAUCAUAAUAAAGUCUUGGUGAAAAUUGC